AGAGAACACGUUCACACGAUGUUACAUUUUAAAACGCUCUAAUAGCUAUUAUUUGCGUCAGCUCCGCGUGAAUAAAUGAGUUAUAUCGAGCUGUUAAAAAAAAAAAAAAAAAAAAAAUCCCAGGUUUGAACAUCGUUGGCGUGAGGGGGCGGAGUCACAGAGAUCCGUGAACAAGAUGGCGGCCUUCCCGGAGAGGAUGGCGUCUGUCCUGCUGCUGUGGCUUGCUGUGUCUCUGACUGCUACACUGGCUGUGGACAGAGCCAACUUCAAAACCUGUGACCAGAGUGCCUUCUGCAAGCGUCAGCGAGCGUUGAAGCCUGGCGAGUCUCCCUAUCGAGCCCUGCUGGAGACCAUGGAGCUAACCAACACCAGACUCACCCUGCAGCUCAAGAAUGACAAGAACAAGGUGCGUCUCCUGCUGGAACUCUAUCGCCUCCAGGGAAACAUAACCAGGGUGAAGAUUAAUGAGCUGAAGCCACUGAAGCCUCGCUAUGAGGUCCCAGACGUGCUCAUCAGAGAGCCGCCGACAGAGCCCCUAUCUCUCUUGUCUCAGGAUGAGAACGGAGUGGUUCUGUCACUGGGGGUGGAGUCUCAAAGGGUCAUUGUCAGUGCCCGCCCCUUCCGAUUGGACAUCAUGCAGGGUCGUGACGUGCUCUUGUCACUAAACUCGCGUGGCCUCCUGGCCUUUGAGCACUUAAGGAUACGGAAGGACACUUUCUUCAAUUUAGUAACUAGCACAUUUGCAAGUGUGUGGGAUAUUGUCAAGAGUGUUUUAUCUAGACAGGCAGACGGAGAGGCCGAGGAUGCAAAUUUGGCUAACGAGGAAGAGGCUAUGGUGAUUGAGAAAGACGAAGAGGGCAUGUGGGAAGAAACCUAUAAAUCAUUUACUGACAGCAAACCUAAUGGUCCAACGGCUAUAGGUUUAGACUUUUCGUUUCCAGGGGUAGAACAUGUCUACGGCAUUCCAGAGCAUGCUGACUCACUCCGACUUAAAACUACUGAAAAUGGAGAUCCGUAUCGGCUCUACAAUCUGGAUGUGUUCCAGUAUGAGCUGGAUAAUCAAAUGGCACUUUAUGGCUCUGUACCCGUUAUGUUGGCCCACAACGCCCAGCGGACUACAGGAAUCUUUUGGCUCAACGCUGCUGAGACCUGGGUUGACAUUAGCUCCAACACAGCGGGGAAGACUGUCUUUGGAAAAAUGCUGGAUUAUGUGCAAGGCUCAAGUGAGACACCACAGACAGAUGUGCGUUGGAUCUCUGAAAGCGGCAUCAUUGAUGUCUUCAUUAUGCUCGGCCCAACACCAAAAGAUGUCUUUGCGCAGUACGCCUCCCUGACAGGCACCCAAGCAUUCCCUCCCCUGGCUGCUGUGGCCUACCACCAGUGUCGCUGGAACUACAAUGACCAAGAGGACGUGCUAUCGGUGGAUGCGGGCUUUGACGAGCAUGACAUUCCCUAUGAUUUCAUCUGGCUUGAUAUUGAGCACACUGAUGGCAAACGCUAUUUUACCUGGGACGCCAAUAAGUUUGCCACACCCAAAGAAAUGCUUCAAAGUCUCAUGGAUAAGAAACGCAAGAUGGUAACGAUUGUAGACCCUCACAUUAAAGUGGACAGCAACUACAAGAUCCACAAUGAAAUCAAAUCUCAAGGUUACUACACAAAGAACAAAGAUGGCGGUGACUAUGAAGGCUGGUGUUGGCCUGGUAAUGCCGGCUAUCCAGACUUUUCCCGUGAAGACAUGAGAGCUUGGUGGGCCAGUAUGUUCGCCUACGACCAGUACGAGGGCUCCAUGGAAAACAUGUACACGUGGAACGACAUGAACGAGCCUUCAGUGUUCAACGGGCCAGAGGUCACCAUGCACAAGGAUGCAAAGCACGGGGACUGGGAGCACCGUGACCUGCACAACAUGUAUGGUCUCUAUGUGCAAAAGGCCACAGCGGAGGGCCUGAUCCAGAGAUCGGGAGGAGUCGAAAGACCUUUUGUCUUGACCAGGGCCUUCUUUGCUGGGUCACAGCGCUACGGUGCAGUGUGGACAGGAGAUAAUGCCGCUGAGUGGGGGCACCUAAAAAUCUCAAUUCCCAUGUGCCUAAGUCUGGGCCUGGUGGGAAUAUCUUUCUGUGGUGCUGAUGUCGGGGGCUUCUUCAAGUCUCCAAGCUCGGAGCUGUUGGUGCGUUGGUACCAGACGGGAGCCUACCAGCCCUUCUUCAGAGCCCACGCUCACCUGGACACGUCCCGCCGCGAGCCCUGGCUCUUUGGCCCGGAGAACACUGCACUGAUUCGUGAGGCUGUGCGCCAACGCUACACCCUCCUACCAUACUGGUACCAGCAGUUCUACCACACCUACCGCACUGGACAUCCUGUCAUGAGGCCACUGUGGGUGGAGUAUACUCAGGAUCCUGCUACUUAUGCUCUGGAGGACCAAUUCUUGAUUGGACGGGACCUGUUGGUGCACCCGGUCACUGAAGAGGGAGCCCAUGGAGUCACUGCCUAUCUGCCUGGAAAAGAGGAGGUCUGGUUUGACGUGCACACCUUCCAGAAACACAAUGGCGCUCAGAACCUUUACAUUCCUGUCACCAUGAGCUCUAUCCCAGUUUUCCAGCGUGGCGGCUCAAUUAUUCCCAGGAAGCUUCGAGUGCGCAGAUCAUCGCCCUGCAUGGAGCACGACCCGUACACUUUGAUCGUGGCCCUCGACCGACAGAGGGCUGCCGAAGGAGAGCUCUACAUUGAUGAUGGACACACUUUCAACUUUGAGAAGAAGGAGUUCAUUCACAGGAAGCUGUCCUUCGCCAACAACAUCCUCUCCUCUGUAAACCUUUCCCCAGAUGCCCGGUUCUCUACCUCCUCCUCAGUUGAGCGCAUUCUCAUAUUGGGGGCAAUGAAGCCCACCAAGGCGACCCUGAGGACCGCUGACGGUAAGACCAGCCAACUUGAGUUUGACUUUGAUGCGACAACGUCAGUCUUGACUCUGCGCAAGCCGGGCAUGAACGCCGGCACUGACUGGAGCGUGAUGCUGCAGUAACCAUGGAGACGGAGGAGGAGGAGGAGGACAAAGUGACUGAAGAAAAGAAGAGGAAUGAGCACUGUGAAUACUUAAGGACAUCCAUCUCUACACUUGUUUGCCCCUCUUGUUUUCAGCUCUGAAAGGCUUUAACUAAUAGUAACCACUAGAUGAAUCAGCUCUUAGGAUAAUUCUCAAAACAGAUGCUUAGAUUUUUUUUACUCAAGAAUUGAUUGAGAAAACUGCUCCUAAACCUUUUUAAUGAACAUAUCGCAUUCUUUUUCCAAAGGGUAAUCAGACAUGAUUCACUUUGGAGGCCAAUCAAGUCAAUCAGCUGCUGCACAAAAACUUUUUGGUAAUAGAAAUCCUAUCAGCAACACAACUAUGUGGAUAAUUCUGCACACACUUUCUUUUAUCAGUGUGCUUUUUUUCACUUUUCUUGUUUACUGUAUUUUUUUAAUGCACUUGAGCAGAAGUGACAACCUUAAAGUGACUGUUGUCAACUAUAUCAGGAGCAUCACUGGUUCAAAAGAACAUAUUCCAUAAAUAAUACUAAAUGUAUUUCAUCAAAAUGAGCGGCCCGGGUAAAAAGGCGGUCUGUCACUCGUGCACAAAAGCAAGAGCAUCCCCACGGAAGCAACUACCGUAUAAGUCGCUCCGGAGUAUAAGUCGCACCAGCCGAAAAUGCAUAAUAAAGAAGGAAAAAAACAUAUAAGUCCCACUGGAGUAUAAGUCGCAUUUUUUGGGGAAAUGUAAUUGAUAAAAGCCAACACCAAGAAUAGACAUUUGAAAGGCAAUUUAAAAUAAAUCAAGAAUAGUGAACAACAGGCUGAAUAAGUGUACGUUACAUGAGGCAUAAAUAACCAACUGAGAACGUGCCUGGUAUGUUAACGUAACAUAUUAUGGUAAGAGUCAUUCAAAUAACUAUAACAUAUAGAACAUGCUAUACGUUUACCAAACAAUCUGUCACUCCUAAUCGCUAAAUCCCAUGAAAUCUUAUACGUCUAGUCUCUUACGUGAAUGAGCUAUAUAAUAUUAUUUGAUAUUUUACGCUGAUGUGUUGAUAAUUUCACACAUAAGUCGCAAACUAUGAAAACAACUGCCACUUGUAGUACGAAAAACACGGCACACUCAAUUGUAUCUCAACUUUUCUCAUUAGAUCACGCUGGCAACUAACAUAACUAAUGAGUUACGUCGGGUGUUGUUGUUGCGGAAAGAGGGCAGCACAUAAUGCGUACAACACUUUUGAAAGUUUGCAAACAGUCACUUUAAAGGUUGGAUGUUUUAAGACAUCUUAAGUCUGACAUUUCUAUUUUGUAACGGGUUUUCCUUUUCCCCAGUGUGGUCAUACUCGUUGUUUUCUGCAUCUCAAUGAAUACGGACACUGUGCAAAAUGUAGGACUUCGGGAUUUUCAGUAUAACUAAACGUUUCACAUUUUGAAUUGAACCACAGAGAGGGAUUGACUUUCGUAAGUUCCAUUUGGUUCAGAUUGCACCUGCAGACGACAAUAGAGUAGUCCCGUGUCAGCUUAUCUUCCCAUAUUGCAUUUUUGUCCAAUAGUGUCGAUCUUCUUUCGUAUCGAUAGUUGUUAUGAUCUAACCUUGCUGCGAUGUGGAUGGCUGCAGUUUGACACGGGGGAGGCUGAAGUGAAGGAGCAGACUCGUUCUAAUGAUGUGACCAAGUGAAAAUAAAGAUGACCAAUUGUGA